AAGGUCAUACACAUGGCCUAUGGGGUGCAUAAGUUUGAUCGGCCUCGAGUUUUCAAUGCUUUCUCAGUGCGCCUGAAUCAGGUGUUAUUGAUUUUGUAGGUUAAUCAAUUCGCUUCAUUCCUUCCUGAUAUCCAGGAAGGCGCUAAAACAAAGACGUAGCGCUACGAUACCGUUACUUGGAUAGAUGAGCCAGACUCUGUGACAAUUGAGUUUCAUGACAUUCGCCAGCCGUAAAGAGGCGUCAAGAGGACCGGCACUUGGUUUGUUUAUCGAACCGCCCUGUAUCCACGCGGCGCGGCCUUGAAGUGGGUCUGGUCGGCCGGCUGGUGGUCGGAGGGGAGGGGUGUCUGGCACACCACUCUCGGAGGGGGCUCACUGCUCAGUGACCGCGGUCGAUCCGUCCGAGGUGGUCGCUGGGAGGGUAGAGGAGGGUUUGGUCAGUGGUACUGAGAGGUGACACAGCCAUGAAGCUAGUGCAGUGUUCGCAUGGCGGCAAGGACCACAUCGGUCUGCUGUCGGCAGACGAAUCGACCGUGAAGCUGCUGACCGAUCCAAAUCUCCCCAACUCGGCUGUAAAGCUACUGCAGCUCGGAUCACGCCAGCACGUCCUGGAGCUCCUCAAGGCUGCCGAAGCCACAGCCAAUGCCGUGCCUCUGUCAGAAGUCAAGCUUCUCGCGCCGAUCACCUCCCCCGAUAAGGUUCUCUGCAUCGGGAUGAACUACGUGGACCACUGCGCCGAGCAGAACAUGCCUGUGCCCACCGAGCCAGUGGUGUUCAACAAGUUCCCGAGCUGUAUCGUGGGCCCGUCAGACGCCAUCGAGCUGCCCUCUGCCGUGACCUCACAGCUCGACUGGGAGGUGGAGCUGGCAGUGGUCAUCGGCCAGAAGUGCCGAGAUGUCAGCCCCGAACAGGCAGACGACUACAUCUUCGGCUACACGGUGGCGCACGACGUGUCGGCGCGCGACUGGCAGCUGCGCCGGAACGGCGGACAGUGGCUCGUCGGCAAGGCGAUGGACACGUUCUGUCCUCUAGGACCGUGUAUCACCACGGCGGACAGCCUGGACCCGGCUAAUCUGUCGCUCUGGUGCCGGGUGAACGGCGAGACCCAGCAGCAGGGCAGCACGGCGCAGCUGGUGUUCGACUGUCGCCAGGUGGUCUCACACCUCUCCCGCAGCGGCAUCACCCUGCUGCCCGGAGACGUCAUCCUCACCGGCACGCCGCCCGGGGUCGGCGUGUUCAGGAAGCCGCCCGUCUUCCUCAAACACGGAGAUGUGGUCGAGUGCGGCGUGGAAGGUAUCGGCACCAUCACCAACAAGGUGGUGGCAGUCUAGGGGGACAGACGGCACCGGGGAGGAGCGGAGUGGUUGUUGUUGCUCAUCCUAUGCAGUAUUCACUCGAAUGGCUAGUGACUAGUGAGCCCGCUGUUAUCCUUUUUCCAUAUACGAUGUUUGACUUGACCAAUACAAUGU